AGUCCUAAUCUUAACAGUUGAGAGGUGUACUGGCAUUAUGUGGGAUCAUAUGAUGUGUUACGCUGCUAGCAAGUAGUUGAAGUUCUGUCUGUAGCUUACUUGUCGGAUGACAACGUAAAUAUAUGAUACUAUCUUUCUCUAUUACGAGUAGUAUUAGGGUGAAUUGUUUUAUACCUUUGUUGCUUAACAGUUAGAUAUUCAAAAUUUGAAUCUUUAAGUCGGUUACCUGUGUAUUUUUUGCUCGAAAAGUUAAAUAUUUGUUUAUUUCAAAAUUUCACAAGUUAAGUAUUGCUUCGCUAGAUAAAAACAAAUAGAUACCGGCAACUGCAACUUCACUAGGUCUUCGAUACAAUAACCCACGGGCAAUCCUAGCGACAUGGCGGACACAGUCACGAUGGACUUUCGUAAAGAUCCCGAACUGAAAUACCUUGUUGUGGACAGAAAUGUUGGAAUAAAUGAUGCAAGUAUUCAGGCAGAAUGGACAUCAAAAAAGUUGAUAUGGGUGCCUCACGAACAACAAGGCUUCGUUGCAGCGAGUAUCAAGGUGGAUCGAGGUGAUGAACUGGAAGUGGAAAUUGUAGAGACAGGAAAAAGAUGCAUUGUUAACAAAGAUGAUGCCCAGAAAAUGAAUCCCCCAAAAUUUAAUAAAGUAGAAGACAUGGCAGAGUUGACAUGCUUGAACGAAGCAUCUGUCCUGUACAAUUUGAAAGACCGUUAUUUCUCAGGUUUAAUUUAUACGUAUUCUGGCCUGUUCUGUGUGGUGGUCAAUCCGUACAGGAAACUUCCGAUCUACACAGAGAAGGUGAUUGAUCUGUACAAAGGAAAGAAGAGACAUGAAGUGCCUCCCCACAUCUUCACUGUCACCGAUGCAGCUUACAGAAGCAUGCUGCAAGAUCGAGAAGAUCAGUCCAUCCUAUGCACAGGCGAGUCUGGCGCAGGAAAGACAGAGAAUACUAAGAAAGUUGUACAGUAUCUCGCUUCUGUAGCAUCAUCCAAGCCACGAGCGACCUCUGCUUCACUGCAUACGGGUGAACUAGAACAACAACUCUUGCAGGCCAACCCUAUUUUGGAAGCUUUUGGAAAUGCCAAGACAGUUAAAAAUGACAAUUCCUCAAGAUUUGGAAAGUUUAUUCGCAUUAAUUUUGAUGCCUCUGGAUUUAUUGCGGGUGCCAACAUUGAAACCUAUCUUUUGGAAAAAUCUCGAGCCAUUCGUCAAGCAAAAGAUGAACGCACCUUUCACAUAUUUUAUCAACUGCUUAAUGGUGCUUCUCCAGAACAGAAGAAAGAAUACCUUCUGGAAGACAUGAAAAAUUACAAAUUCUUUUCCAAUGGGAAUAUCCAAGUUCCAGGAAUUGUUGAAAGCCAAGAAUUCAAAAGUACAGUUAAAGCCAUGGAAAUCAUGGGCUUGUCUCAGGAAGAUCUAAGUGCCAUUUUUCGUGUGAUUUCUGCUGUUAUGCUGUUUGGGAACAUGAAGUUCAAACAAGAGAGAAACUCAGACCAAGCAACAUUACCUGAUAAUACUGUUGCACAGAAAGUCAGCCAUUUACUUGGUCUCAAUGUUACAGAGAUGACCAAAGCUUUCCUGAAGCCUCGACUGAAGGUUGGACGAGACUAUGUGACCAAGGCACAGACAAAAGAGCAGGUUGAAUUUGCUGUGGAAGCUAUAGCGAAAGCUUGUUAUGAACGUAUGUUCCGAUGGUUGGUCAACAGAAUAAACCGAUCACUUGACCGGACCAAGAGACAAGGUGCAUCCUUUAUUGGAAUUUUGGACAUUGCUGGAUUUGAAAUUUUUGAGAUUAAUUCCUUUGAACAAUUGUGUAUAAACUACACCAAUGAGAAGCUACAGCAACUCUUCAACCACACCAUGUUCAUCUUGGAGCAGGAAGAAUAUCAACGAGAAGGAAUUGAAUGGAAGUUUAUCGACUUUGGACUAGAUCUGCAACCUACAAUAGAUCUAAUUGAAAAGCCCAUGGGAAUUUUUGCCCUUCUUGAUGAGGAAUGCUGGUUCCCUAAAGCCACAGACAAGACCUAUGUAGAGAAAUUACUCAAUUCCCACAACACACAUCUCAAAUUUGUAAAAUCAGGUUUUCGUGGAACAACUGAUUUCAGUAUCAUGCAUUAUGCUGGCAAGGUAGACUACUCUGCUACCCAGUGGCUGAUGAAGAAUAUGGAUCCAUUGAAUGAGAACAUGGUGUCACUGCUACAGUGUUCCCAAGAUCCAUUUAUUGUACAGAUUUGGAAAGAUGCUGAGAUUGUGGGAAUGGGUGCAGCCACCAUGACUGACACUGUUUUUGGUGCCCGUACUAGAAAAGGAAUGUUCAGGACAGUCAGCCAACUUUAUAAGGACCAAUUGGCUAAAUUAAUGGUUACACUACGAAACACCAACCCUAAUUUUGUCAGGUGCAUUAUACCCAAUCUUGAAAAGAGGGCUGGUAAAAUUGAUGCAGUUCUGGUGCUGGAUCAGUUACGUUGUAAUGGAGUACUAGAAGGGAUUAGAAUCUGUCGUCAAGGUUUCCCUAACAGGAUUCCUUUCCAAGAGUUUAGACAGAGGUAUGAACUUCUUACAACCAAUGCUAUUCCUAAAGGCUUCAUGGAUGGCAAGCUGGCUUGUGAGAAAAUGAUUCAAGCAUUGGAUCUUGAUCCUAACCUGUACAGGGUUGGCCAGAGCAAAAUAUUUUUCAGGGCUGGGGUUUUGGCACAUCUUGAGGAGGAGCGAGACAUGAAAAUCUCUGACUUGAUCAUUCAGUUCCAAGCCUUCUGCCGUGGACUUAUUGCUCGAAGAAAUUACCAAAAGCGACUGCAACAGUUGAAUGCUAUUCGGAUUAUCCAAAGAAACUGUGCCGCCUAUCUCAAGCUGCGGGACUGGGCUUGGUGGAGAUUGUACACUAAAGUGAAACCACUUCUCCAAGUUACCAAACAAGAAGAAAAACUUAGUGCAAAAGAAGAUGAGCUCAGACAAGUAAAAGAGAAAAUGGAAAAAGCAGAGGAAGAUACAUUGGAGCUUGAAAAAAAACUUCAACAACUUGAGGGUGAGAAGAAUAUGUUGGCAGAACAACUGCAAGCAGAGACAGAACUAUGUGCUGAAGCUGAAGAAAGUAGAUUGAGGCUUGCCUCAAGGAAACAAGAGCUUGAGGAGAUCCUUCAUGAUCUAGAAGCAAGAAUAGAAGAGGAAGAAGAACGAAACCAGGUUCUCACUGCUGAGAAAAAGAAAUUUCAACUGAAUAUUCAAGAUUUAGAGGAACAGUUAGAGGAAGAAGAGGCAUCUCGCCAGAAACUUCAGUUGGAGAAGGUGAGCCAGGAUGCCAAGUUAAAAAAGCUGGAGGAGGACUUGGCUUUGAUGGAAGACACCAACCAAAAGCUGUCUAAAGAAAAAAAGGCUUUUGAAGAUCGACAAUCUGAACUUUCCCAGAGCCUUGCUGAAGAAGAAGAGAAAUCUAAGCAUUUGAGUAAACUCAAAUCCAAGUAUGAAGCUAUCAUUGCAGACUUAGAGGAACGACUUCGGAAAGAGCAACAGUUGAGACAAGAGUUGGAAAGGGUAAAACGAAAACUUGAGACUGAACUCAAUGAUAUAAAAGAACAGCUUAAUGAAAAAAAAUUAGAAGUGGAGGAAUUACAGAGUCAACUAGCCAAGCGUGAAGAGGAAUUGAACCACACUCUUGUGAGAUGUGAUGAGGAAGCAGCAGCUAAAGCUCAGGCUCAGAAGGCACUACGAGAGAUUGAAAACCAGCUGGUUGAAGUCCAGGAAGAUUUAGAAUCUGAAAAAAUUUCCAGAAUGAAAGCUGAAAAGCAGAAAAGAGACUUGAAUGAGGAACUGGAAGCUUUGAAGAAUGAGCUGCUAGACUCGUUGGACACAACUGCUGCUCAGCAAGAUCUCAGAACAAAACGUGAACAAGAGUUGGCCACAUUGAAAAAAACUCUUGAGGAUGAAUCUUCUGCUCAUGAAAUCCAGCUAAGUGAUAUUCGACAGAAGCACAAUCAUGUCAUAGAGGAACUUAAUGACCAGUUGGAAGCACUUAAAAAGGCAAAGUCUUCAUUAGACAAAAUGGCCACCAACUUACAAACAGAGAAUAAUGACAUAGCUGCUGAACUCAGAACUGUCACAGCAGCUCGACAAGAAAUUGAACGUAAGAAGAAACAGUUUGAAGGUCAGGUACAAGAGAUGGGAAUGAGGCUAGCGGAUCUGGAGAGAGAGAAAGCCGAAACCACUGAACGUGUACUAAAGUUACAAGCCGAAGUAGAAACAGUGACCUCCCAGCUGGAAGAAAUGGACAGUAGAGCUACUCAAGCAGCAAAAAGUACAAGUAAUCUUGAGAUGCAGCUUAAUGAAGCUCAGGAUCUGUUACAAGAAGAGACAAGGCAGAAGUUAGCCCUUAGUUCUAAGCUUAGACAAUUAGAGAGUGAUAGAGAUACUCUUCAAGAACAACUGGAAGAGGAAGAGGAGGCGAAGAAGAAUUUAGUAAAACAGAUUUCUACAUUAAGUCAACAGAUGCAAGAUUUGAAAAAGAAAGCAGAUCAAGCAGAUGAACUUUCCACCACAUUAGAAGAACAAAAAAAGAAAAUGGGUAAAGACUUAGAGGCUCUCCAGAGGCAGAUAGAGGAACUACAGUCCAUAAAUGAUAAACUGGAAAAGUCUAAAAAGAAGCUUCAGUCUGAGGUUGAGGACUUAAAUGUGGAGCUAGACAGCCAGAGAACUAAAAUAUCAGAGUUGGAGAAAAAACAGAGAAAGUUUGACCAAAUGUUAGCUGAAGAGAAAGCAGUUUCUGAGAGAAUUUCUCAGGAGAGAGACAAUGCUGAGCGAGAAGUUAGAGAGAAGGAGACAAAGAUUUUAUCUCUAACUCGUGAUGUGGAUGUGAAGCAAGAUCUACUAGAAGAACAAGAACGUCUUCGUAAGCAGCUGCAGUCAGAACUGGAUGACUUAAUGAACAGCCAAGGUACUGCUGACAAAAAUGUUCAUGAACUGGAGAAGGCAAAGCGUGUAUUGGAAAGUCAACUGGCUGAACAGAAAACACAGAUUGAAGAACUUGAGGAUGAGCUUCAGCUCACAGAAGAUGCAAAAUUGAGGCUUGAGGUAAACAUGCAAGCUAUGAAAUCACAGUUUGAACGAGAUCUUCAAGCCAAAGAUGAGCAAGCUGAGGAGAAGAGAAAAGCACUAAUAAAACAGUUGCGAGAUCUUGAGGUAGAGCUUGAAGAUGAAAGAAAGCAGAGAGGAGCAGCUAUUAAUGCCAGAAAGAAAAUAGAAGGAGACUUUAAAGACCUGGAACAACAGCUGGAAAUGGCCAAUCGCCUGAAGGAAGAUGCCAUCAGGCAGUUGAAGAAACUUCAGGCCCAACUAAAGGAUUAUCAACGAGAUGCUGAAGAGGCUCGCCAAUCUCAUGAUGAGCUACUUACCCAGACUAAAGAGAUGGAAAAGAAGGUUAAAAACAUUGAGGCUGAGUCAAUCCAACUACAGGAAGACCUAGCAAAUUCUGAGCGAGCUCGUCGCACAGCUGAGGCAGAGAGAGAUGAACUACAGGAAGAAGUGAACAACAAUGCUUCCAAAAGUUCACUUUUGCAAGAAGAGAAGAGACGUCUUGAAGCAAAAGUACAACAACUGGAGGAGGAGUUGGAGGAGGAACAGAGUAACUCAGAAAUCAUGAUGGAGAAAGCUCGUAAAGCCCAAAGCCAGAUUGAACUGUUGACUACAGACCUAGCAAGUGAGCGUUCCACAUCUCAAAAGCUAGAAAACAAUAGAAUGCUGCUUGAAAGACAGAAUAAAGAGAUGAGAGCCAAACUGCAGGAACUAGAAACUUCUCAACGUGCCAAAACUAAGUCUGCCAUUGCUGCUCUUGAAUCAAAAAUUGUCCAACUAGAGGAACAGUUAGAACUGGAGACAAAAGAACGUCAAGCAGCGGCAAAAGUCUCUCGUAAAAUAGAAAAAAAAAUGAAAGAGGUGGUGAUGCAGCUGGAGGAUGAACAACGUCAUGCCGACCAGUAUAAAGAACAAGUAGACAAAGUGAACACUCGUGUCAAGGCACUGAAACGUCAACUGGAUGAAGCUGAAGAAGAAUGUUCAAGAGAAAAGGCUCAGCGACGUAAAGCUCAAAGAGAAUUAGAGGAUAUGACAGAGUCUAAUGAGGCUAUGUCUCGAGAAUUAGCCAGUCUGAAAAAUAAAUUAAGACGAGGAACAGGAACCUCUUCUGGAAGUUCAUCAUCCUUACCAACCUCUCGUUACUUAGCAACUAAACGGGGCUCUUUGACUUCAUCUGGAAGUGGUGGUGGAGAUGAAAGUAACAUAUAUCUUCAGGAUGAAUCUCCUACAAAUGACAGCCAAGCAUAGUUAGCCUUUUACCUGUCUUGGCUGCUACACCAUUACCAACCAGUUGCUAAAAAACAAGGUGAAAGCAUAUGAUCUGAGGGUUGUGUUCACAAGGGAGAAAGAUUGAAAUUAAUCAUGGUUGCCAAGCAACCUUAAGAGGACAUUCCUAUAAUUAUAUCAAGUGGUCACAUAUUUGCAUAUUCAUAAUAUCUACUUUAAUCUAAUUUAUAACCACCUGAGCACAGAAUAAAAAUCUUAAAGUUUUUCUCCAUUUAACACUGUGUUUGUAAACAUACCAGUGAAAUAUAUCCAGGGUAUUUUUGUUUUACUCGAAGAAUGUCUGUCUUCUCUUGAAGUGUAAUUCCAUUUGCUAUCAAAUCAAAUGCUUAAUCAAUGUGACUUUUAUGCCACUAGAUUCAACUUUAUAUAAGUUUGAUAUAUUUUAUAAAGUUACCUGUGUGGGAAUUGAUUGUGAAAAAUUUUAAGAUGUGAAUUAUAUCUUAAUAUUAUAUAUAGCCUAGUAGAAUUAAACACACAAGAAAGAAAUUUUAAUGUCUUGCUCUUUGUUUCAGUGUGAUAAAAAAGAAUCAGUAAAUAUAAUGGGUGACUAAUGAGAAUACUCAGUUUUUAACAAAACUGUUUCUAUAAAUGUUUUAAAAUUUGUAUAAAUGAAGAUUUAUCUGUCACCUUAUUUACAUUUGUGAAAUGAACUUCUUGGCUGUGAAAGGUUUUAAGCCAUUCAUUUAAAACCAGUUGGCCUGAAAAUUAAUUGGUUAAUAUUUACAUUAUUGUAGGGUAAGCAUUUUUAGAAUUUAUAAUGAACGUCUGUCAGCAGAUGGAAUAUUUUAUACAAAUUAAUUUGUUUUUGCCUUUAAGAUUAUUAAAAAGUAUUUACCACAGAUAAUGUUUUGAAGAUAUAUCAUCAUAGUUAUGUUCUUAUGAUUAGAAGUUUUUCCUCCAGAGACCUGUACAUAAAUGUUUUGCAUUUCAAGGAAAGAUAAAGUAUAUAAAGGUAAUAGGUACAGAGAACUUGAGCAGGUCAAUGGUGCAAAAAUAUCUGAUUCAAAUAUAAUAAUACAAAGUUAGGUAAAUGUGGAAUCAAAUAAAGCUAUUUUUAUAAGUAACUAUACACAUAUAGAUAUUUUUAGUACAAUGUGAUUGGUGUUUAUUAAAGUGUUCUUUGUCAACUUUAUAGAUUAACAUUUAUCAGAAAUGCUUAUGCAGUUAAUAUAUGUGCUAUUUUGAAGCACAGGCCUUUCGAAAAGUAAUCCAUUAUGCUCUAAAAUAUACAGUUUAUUCAUUAUCUGGGCUGAAAGUGGAUUAAAUAUAAUUUACUAUAAAAAGGAGAUAUCAUUAGUAGUUGAUAUUUAAUAUUUUCUUACUCUGACACCUACUAAAAUGGUGCCUUUUUUUAUAUACAAUACAAAAAAUUAUCAGAAAUUAUGUAUUAACAUAAGCCAAAUUCAGAUUACAAGAUUUGGACCUAUAAAUCUUUUUUUUUGGACACUUAUAUCUUGGUUUAAUAAACCAAUCAGUUUAAUCUAAUAUAAUAAAAUGGUAUAUUUUCAAAGAUUUUAUUAAAUAAAGAGUAGUUUAACAAAUUUAUUCUUAACUUUUCAACAUAUGAAAAGUAAGUUAAGUUUUUUUACUAUCUUAAUCUUAUGAACAAGUUUUAAACUGUAUUUUCUUCGAAAAUGCAUUGAUUAUGGUUCUUAGAAAGAAAACAAGAUUAAGUGUUUUAAGAAACAAAACAAUUUAGGAAUUAAAUGAGUCAGUGUGUACUUUAUACUUAUUCCAGGUUCAACCCUUAAGUGUAAAACUUUAUUCACAGUUUCAUUCCUUUGCCUGAAAGUUUUCAUAAUUAAUGCAUUCAGAUGUAAGUCGGGAGUUAUAAUUUCGUAAACAAUCAUUGUGAAAAAAAAAGGCUAUUUGAAUCUUGGAUUAUUUGAGGACCAUGUAAAAUUUGUAACAGUAUCCAGCCAGUAUUAAAGCUCAUUUUUUAUGUAUGAAACAAAGUAGAGGGAUAUAUAUAAGUGUAUUAUGACAAUUGUCAAUUUUUUUAUUUCCGGAUAAAUGCUUACAUUUGUAUAACCUAUGCAUUUUACUGGUUGGUUAAAUAAAAUGAACUUUGCUGUAUUGUUUAUAA